AUGUCAGAUAGAUCAGUUAACAAAACUGAUACAUCAACAAAUUUAGGCAGUAGUCUCACCAAAACAGUAUCACCACCACUUCCACAACCACCAACAUCAAUAGCUCAAACUGAUUCAGCAAAAUUAUUAGAUACUGAUCCUAAAAUCCAAAAAAUUUUGAAUAGUGAUUAUACUAUUGAUGUUUUAUUAAAUCGGUUAAAAGAAAGUUUGAAUACCGGGGAAGAAUUUAGUAAAUUUAUUAAAAAGAAAGCUCAAAUUGAAGACGAUCAUUAUAAUCAAUUAAAAAAAUUUGCUGGUCAUGUACGUACCAAUAUGAAAAAUAAUUCUCGAAAUUUGAAAAAUGAUUCAUUACAAUUUCAAAUGGAUAAAAUUAUUCAAUUUGAUGAAUCAUUAUAUGGAGUAGGCAAUUCUUAUGUUGUUGCCUUAAAUACAAUGUAUGAUGAAUUAACAUCUUUAAUUGGGACAAUUGGUAGAACAAGAAAAUUGAUUAAAGAUGAACAUAAACGUAAAGAAAAAGAUUGUAUUGAUGCCAUAAUAACUGCUGAAAAAGCCAAAACCAAAUAUAAUCAUUUAUGUGAAGAUUUAGAUCGAUUGAAAACUUCUGAUCCCAAUAAAAAAUCAUUUAGUUUGAAAAAUAAAUCAGUGGAACAACAAGAAGAUGAAUUGAGUAGAAAAGUUGAUACUGCUGAUCAAGAAUAUAAACUGAAAGUUGCUACAUGUAAAAAAUUAAAAGAUGAAAUUUUGGUGAUUCAUCGUCCUAAUAAUACUAAAAAAUUGAAAAAUUUAAUAUUGGAAAUGGAUAUUGCUUUAAAUUUACAAUUACAAAAGUAUGCAACUUGGAAUGAAAAUUUGAUUAUGAAUUCUGGAGUAUUAAUAAGUCCUUUACAAUCCAGUAAAGCAUCAAUGAAAUCAAUGGCUAGUGAUAUUGAUAAUGAAAAAGAUUUGUAUCAAUAUUUGUUAAGAAAUGGUACUACGGGGGAUAACAAAUCAUUAAUACCAGUAGAUUAUCAUGUUCAUCAUUCAUUAGUUAAAACUAAAGAUAUUGGGAAACCAUUUUUAAAUACAACCAAUACUCCAGCUAAUUUGAAAAGUGCAGCAGCAACAAAUAGAUGGAACAACAAUAAUGGGUCUACAGCUUCAAAUAUUGAUGGACAUUCGAAAACAUCAAGUAUUUCUCAUGGCGCAGGUUCUUCUAUGUUGGGUACAUCAACAUCAGCAUCUGGGUCUUCUACUGUUGCCCCUGGUAAAAGCAAUGAUACUUUUAAUGGCCAUUCUAGUUCUGCUACCUAUGCCUCACCACCAUCAGUUACUGAAAGUUCCGCCCCAGUUCUGUAUCUGUCAUUAGAUCCAGCUGUUAGUCAAACAUCAUCACCAUCACUCCAUAUAAAGGGACCUAAACCAUUAUCAACAUUCCAACAUCCAACUUUUGGAGCAUCUAUUGAAGAUGUUAUACAAUUUGCUGGUGUUGAUAAUGUACCUUUGAUUGUACGUAAAUGUAUUGAAGUUAUUGAAUCUUAUGGAUUAAACUUGGUGGGGAUUUAUCGAAUUAGUAGUAAUCAAAGUCAAGUCAACAAACUAAAAGAAAGUAUAGAUGCAAAUUUCACAAAUUAUUUAACCAUUGGUAAAGAUAUUGAUCCAUCCAAUGUUUAUGAAAGUGAAGUAUUUUGUGUUGCCAGUUUAUUGAAAUUAUAUUUCAGUAGUUUACCUGAACCUUUAUUUACUAGUGCUGCAAGCAAAUCAUUUAUUGAAACGGUUAAAUCAACUGAUGAACAUUUCAUUGCUAAAAAAUUACAUCAAUUAGUAUUUGGAUUACCCGAUGGUGCUUAUUUCACUUUAAGAUCAUUAAUGUUUCAUCUUAAUAAAGUGGCACAACAUGAAUCUGAAAAUAGAAUGAAUGCUAAAUCAUUAGCAAUUAUUUGGGGUCCAGUAUUAUUUAAUGAUAGUUCAACUAGUGCUCAAGAUUUAAGUUAUAAAACCAAAGUAGUAGAAGAAUUAAUGGCCAUUGCCACAGAUAUUUUCGAACUUGAUGAAUAA